AAUCAUGGUGCGCUGGGUUAACCCGCCGAAAUCGAAUUACCCGGCCCAUCUCACUUUGCUCUGCUGCUCCGUUUAUCUCUGAGAAUCCAAACAAACGGCGGGAAGAGAAGACUGGUCGGUCUAGGGUUUCAGACUUUCAGUGUGGCAUGUGAAUCAGGUUGAAUUAUCAGUCACUCAGUGCAAAUGAAGGUGAGGGUGGUGUGUAGGAAAGUGCGUGAUUACAUUCGAUAUGAUCUGAAAGAGAUCGCGUUUCCGUCAUCACUGCCAGACCCUCCUCAUAUCAAGAAGCGGCGCAAGCUCACCUGGCACGAGCGCUUCUUGGUGUUGAAGGAGGCUUCUAGGCUUUAUGCUGCCAGCUGGGUGCGGGAUAUUGGUCCUGAACUGCGGCCUAAUGAUUAUAAGAAGGAUGAAGAAAGUGAGAGUGAACCUGGUGGAUCAAAGAGCACAACUAAAGACAAAGAGCCCUCAACAUUAGAGGAUCUUGCUGUCGCUGCUAGAGGAGGAAUGGAGACAUUAAAGCCCGCUCUGCAACGGAUCUACAUGACAAGAGCUUCUGCAUAUAGGGAUGCUCUUAAAAGUUUUAUCCAUGGGUACCAAGAAGGCAUUCAGCAAGUCGUGGAGAAAAAGGAAGAUUCUAAAUCCGACCAGGAAAGUGAUGUACAAAAUAAAUCUACUUGACAUCGUUUCAAAAGGCGGUAUCACUAGGGUUCCUCAGCACACCAACUUUUUGCGGAAGUUGUUGACGCGGCUACUAAAUAAGUUCUUGAGCUUCACUGUAUCUCAUUUGCUUUUCAUUUUCGCUUUUUUGAACAUCAGUCAUGAUAGUUCAUUCGAGUGUUGAGUACUAUGGAGCACAUUCGAGAAAGAGAAAUGUAAAUAUAAUGGAAUAUACUUCAGUUUGUAGACUACUCAAGUACUGGUGUGAAAUUUAAUUUGCCAAUUCGAUA